UCGUCGUGAAGAGAAGAAGAGAACCGCUCAAAACAAAGCCCUCAGCAGCAACAUUUAAAGCACUUUUCGUGUGCUUGUGCUUAAGUGUGUACCCGCGUCUGUGCGUGCUGGAAUUAGAGUCUUCAAUUGGGCACAGUCCAUAUUGGCAAUAGAUUUCGCAUAUCGCAUCCGAUUUCAAGCGUCAUCAUGUCAAAACAAUCGUCACUUAUAUUGCUACUGCUAAUCGCUCUGGUUGCGCAGGAGACCGCAAAAUGUGUAACGGUCGCGCAAGAUUUGCCUGAAAACUUCCUUAAAUGCAAACGCGAUGCAAACUUUGACAAGUGCCUUGUGGACGCUGUGAAUCACGCAAUUCAGUUGCUCAAAAGUGGCAACAAAGAAUUCGGCAUUCCGCCGCUAGAGCCGCUGUCCGUGAAGAAACUUGUUAUAGACGCCGGUAACGCACCCAUAAAUCUUCGUCAAGCCUUGAAAAACGUGAAGGUGCAUGAUAUGAUCUCGACAAGCACGAUUCAACGAUAUCGGACCGAUUUGGAGAAGCAUCUAAUAAUCUGUGAUAGCAAAACAGACCGCAUUGAAAUGGUAGGCGAAUACGAAAUGUCUGGUCGGAUUUUGUUGCUGCCUAUUACAGGGCAUGGCAAGGCCAAUAUAACUCUGGUGAAUACGAAGAUCGAGCAUCGUCUGAUUGGAGAACCUUUUGAAAAGGAUGGUGUCAAGUAUAUGAGACUUAAGGAGUAUCGCGUUGCAAUGGAACCCAAACGGGUUUAUUUAUAUUUUGAGAACCUUUUCAAUGAUAAAACUCUGUCUGAGGGAAUGAAUCGUUUUCUAAAUGAAAAUUGGGAGACGGUGUUUAACGAACUGAAGGCUGGCUACUCCAAAAGCUUUGGUCUCGUUUUCAAAGAACUCUCAAACAAAAUAUUUGAAAAAGUUCCAUUCGAUCAUAUAUUUUUAAGUUAAUGCUAAUAUCCGAUUGGCAAGUUUGUAUAUUAGAUACGUAUUUUAUAAAUUAGUUAAUAAAUUAUAGCAAACGGUUUAUUGAU